UUUAAAUAAAUAAUAAAUGGGCAAAAAAGAAACAAAAGAUAAGAAGCCAGCAUAAUUCAAGUAAUAAUCUUAUUGAUAAUUAUAAUAGAAAGAUAUAUGAAUUGUUAUCAAAAUAUACUUAAGUUAUCAUCGUUGGAUUAGCAAAUGUUGGAUCUAAAUAAGUGUAAGACAUCAGAAGAAUUUUGGCUAAGAGAAAUGCCCUAUUAGUUAUUGGCAAAAAUGUAAUAACACUUUUCUAUUUUAGACUCUCUUCAAAAAAGUAUUAGCUACAAGAGUUUAAGAAUUACCAAAAGAACAUGAAUAUUAUGAUGAAUUGUCUAAAUUUGGUAAUGCAAUUAAAGAAUUGGAUGCCUUGAAAAACUCUGUUGCAGGCAAAGUUGGAUUCAUAUUUACAGAUACACCAGUCUUUGAUCUUAAACCAGUCAUUGAAGAAAACAAAGUUGAAACUCCAGCUAGAGUUGGUGCUGUUGCUCCUAUUGAUGUUGUUAUUCCACCUGGACCAACUGGUAUGGAUCCAGCUUCUAUUCAAUUCUUCCAUGCACUCUAAAUCCCUACCAAAAUUGAAAAAGGUUAAAUCCAAAUCACUAAAGAUUUUGUUGUCUUAAAAUCUGGAUAAAAGGUUGGUUAAUCAUAAGCUGUCUUAUUGUAAAAAUUAGGCAAAAAACCAUUCUUAUAUGGGUAUAUAUUAUAUCUCAUUUUUUAUUAUAGAAUGGAAGUUCUUGCUUGCUAUGACAAUGGAUCUAUCUUAAAUAAAUAAUAAGUAUCAGUUAACUUGAAUGAUAUUGUUACCAAAUUCUAACAAAAUGUUAAAAAUGUAUCUGCUAUUUCAUUAGCAAAUGGUAAUCAUAUUUUUUCUAUUCUUUUUAGGUUGGGUUAAUGAAGCUUCAGCUCCAUAUUUAUUAGCUAAUGCUUUCAAGGAUCUAGCAGCUAUUGGUUUAUAAUCAGGAUUCAUCUUUGAUUAAAUCAAAUAAUCUAAUGCUCCAACAACUGCUGCUCCAGUUUAAGCUAAAGCUGAAGAAAAACCAGCUGCUCAAUAAGCACCAGCUAAAGUUGAAGAACCUGAAGAAGAUGUUGAUAUGGGAGGUUUAUUCGAUUGAUCAUGAAACAAUAGUAUAUUAAUAAUACAUACACAUAAAUAAACAAAC